AUGCCCUCAAACCCCUCCAUGCAGGUUCUCCACAAGGGGCCUGCCUGUCCUGCCUGCACUGGGCCCCUGAAGGAUGCAGUGACUGCCCCCUGUGGACACACCUUCUGCUGGCUCUGCCUCUCCCCACCCUCCAAGAUGGGGUCCCAGCCCUCGGGCAGGGUCCUGCUAUGCCCGCUUUGCAAGGAGGAGGAGCAGACAGAGACUUUCAUGGCCCCCGUGCCCCUGGGCCCUCUGGGGGAGACUUACUGUGAGGAGCAUGGUGAGAAGAUCUACUUCUUCUGUGAGAACGAUGCUGAGUUCCUCUGUGUGUUCUGCCGAGAGGGUCCCAUUCACCAGACCCACACUGUGGGGUUCCUCGAUGAGGCCAUUCAGCCCUACUGGGAUGCAGUGACUGCCCCCUGUGGACACACCUUCUGCUGGCUCUGCCUCUCCCCACCCUCCAAGAUGGGGGCCCAGCCCUCGGGCAGGGUCCUGCUAUGCCCGCUCUGCAAGGAGGAGGAGCAGACAGAGACUUUCAUGGCCCCCGUGCCCCUGGGCCCUCUGGGGGAGACUUACUGUGAGGAGCAUGGCGAGAAGAUCUACUUCUUCUGCGAGAACGAUGCUGAGUUCCUCUGUGUGUUCUGCCGAGCGGGUCCCAUUCACCAGACCCACACUGUGGGGUUCCUCGAUGAGGCCAUUCAACCCUACCGGGUAAGAACACAUCUGUCUUUCUAUCUCUUGCAGACUCAGAUUGAAAGCAAGAAGCAACAGGUAGAAGCAGCUUUUGAGAGGCUGCAGCAGGAGCUGUGGGAACAGCAGUGUCUCCUGCUGGACAGGCUGAGGGAACUGGAGCAGGAGAUCCGGAAGGAGAGGGAUGACUACCACACAAAGGUGUCUGAGGAGGUCACUCGUCUUGGAGCCCAGGUCAAGGAGCUGGAGGAGAAGUGUAAACAGUCAGCAAGUGAGCUUCUACAAGAUGUCAGAGUCAACCACAGCAGGUGUGAAAUGAAGACUUUUGUGAGUCCAGAGGCCAUUUCUCCUGACCUUGUCAAGAAGAUCCGCGGUCUCCACAGGAAAAUACUCACCCUCCCAGAGAUGAUGAGGACGUUCUCAGAAAACUUGGUGCAUCAUCUGGAAACAGAUUCAGUGGUCAUCACUCUGGACCCCCAGACCGCCAGCCGGAGCCUGGUCCUCUCCGAAGACAGGAAGUCGGUGAGGUACACCCGGCAGAAGGAGCACCUGCCCGACGGUCCCCUGCGCUUCGACGGCCUCCCGGCGGUGCUGGGCUCCCCGGGCUUCUCCUCGGGGCGCCACCGCUGGCAGGUGGAGGUGCAGCUGGGCGACGGCGGCGGCUGCACGGUGGGGGUGGCCGCGGAGGGGGUGAGGAGGAAGGGCGAGAUGGGCCUGAGCGCCGAGGAGGGCGUCUGGGCUGUGAUCAUGUCGCACCAGCAGUGCUGGGCCAGCACCUCCCCGGGCACCGACCUGCCGCUGAGCGAGAUCCCGCGCGGCGUGGGCGUCGCCUUGGACUACGAGGCCGGGCGCGUGACCCUCCUCAACACCGAGACGCAGGCGCCCAUCUUCACCUUCGCCGCCUCUUUCUCUGGCAAAGUCUUCCCUUUCUUUGCCGUCUGGAAAAAAGGUUCCUGCCUUACUUUGAAAGGCUGA